CCUCUCGCCCAAUGUACGCUGGGAUCGGCUCCAGCACCCCCCGUGACCCUGUAUAGCGGGUUUAGAUAAUGGUAUAGAUAAUGGAUGGACACAUGGCUGCACUUACUACAGUGGUUUCCUAGUUUAGCCAGUUGUGACUUCUUAGGACAGUGAUGGCUUUUUGGCUUUCUGUCCAGGCUCUUAAGGGUUUAUUUGCACACAGACUCAAAGCAUCUCAGUGUGGUUUUGCUUACUUGCACACAGCUUGUCUGUCAAUGUGCCAGAUGAGGUACUUCCUCCAUGUUCAGCCAUUUCCUGUAAAGUAUACCUUGUAUAAGGGUUAGACACCAAUAAGAACUGCUGCAUAGGGCAUCAGCCAUGGCAAUGGUACUGUUGUGGACCCUGUUGUGGAUAUCAGGAUACUAUCACAGACUUUCAGCUGAGAUGUUGGUACAGUACAAAUACUUCCUUUCUGGGGAGGGACAGGGGGUCUCUCUACCAGCCCCUGCUGAGACCAACGGGACAGAAUUCAUCUGGGAGUGGACGUCACAUGAUGGAAGCUACGCAAACGCUCGGAUAAUAACUAUACAGUCCAAUGGGAAGCAUUCAUGGAAUUUGUCGAAGGCAGAGGAGUCUAUUUCAAAAAACAGAACGUAUGACAUCAUUCUCAGACCAAAGUUACAAAAUGCAGGAGUUUUUAUUUUUAUUCAAACUAACCCAGAGAAAGUAAAAAUGGCCCAGUUUGAGGUGUUUGCUGUAAAAGUGGAACCAUCUAACUGGCUUCGAGGAUAUAAAGGUUCUGAUGUGACCAUGAGCUGUGAAGUAUCACAUCUUCCAGAUUCAGCUACACUGGACUGGGAAAGGGACAGAGAACCUACUGCUAACACAACGCUGAUCUACAACAACACUGCCCACAUCAUCAUCCACAGUGCUGACCAAUACAGUGAGGGAACGUAUAACUGCACACUCACUCACGGAGCACUUAUUUUCAGCAUUCCCAGGACAUUGGAAGUCAGCAAGGGUACACGUGGCACACAGCACACUCUGUACAGAGGGAGUUUGAGCAGCAGUGAGGUGGUGCUGAUCUGCCGUUCUCCAGCCUCAUACAGAACAGCGUAUUGGCGAUGGGAGCCAUCGUCUAGAACAAAUGCAAUCAUUGUGGCCUCAGCUGAUAAACAUAAGAAUGCUUCGAUUUCCAUGGAGGUAGAUAAAGAGAGAUUCUCAUCUGAGCGCUAUGGAUCUAAUUUCCCUCUGAGAAUCUCACCAGUGAAGUUUGGAGACAGCGGAAGGUACAUCUGUUAUUUUGAAAGCCAGCUGAUGGCCUCAGUAACUCUGGUAACUGUUCAGGUCUCAGCAGAGCCCCCUGGUGGUCUAUCCAGGAAUCGGUCAGUUGUGCUGAACUGUGAGAUAUCACAGGUGAUCGGCUCUGUGACCCUGGCCUGGCUCCGGAUGAAGGGGGGCAGGGGGGAGCUCGUAAAACAGGAGGUCCUGAGUGAGGAGCACCCAAAAAAGAUGCUCAGUCUCACCCUGCCCAUUCUGAGUAGAGACCAGCUGCACUGGGCCUGUGCAGUGUUCACAGAGAGCAUGCUCAGAGCACAGGUCCCCCUGCACCUCACACUGCCAACACCUGAACCUCAAGGAUGGAGCACUGAGACAGUGGUCAGGGUGAUGUCUGUAGUGCUGGCCACCCUGGGGAUGCUAAAGGGUCUUAUGUGGUACUGCAGGAGACGCCCAGCAAGUGAGCAGACUAGCACUGGGACACAAUAGCCAAGUGCUCAACAUUUUUCAGUUUUGAAUGAAGACAGGGGACCCUGGUACUGAAACCAACUGUUAAAUGUAUGUAUCUAAAGGGAUAUACAUCUGCUGUUUGAAAGGUGCUAAGCAGAGUAAUUAUGUACCCUCAUCACUUGUCAGAUAUGACACACUGUAUACCUUAACCUCUUAAGGCACAAGCCAAAGUCAGACAAGUGUAGUAGUGGCAUAUAAAUUUGUAGUUCUGAAUUUGGUCAGGUUGCUCUCGAUGAGCAACACAGGAACUCUCCAUGAGCAACACAGGAACUCACACACCAGGAUCAAAAUAAGCACCUUCAAAAAGGCAGAGAUUGAAAAGACAAAUUUUGUGUCGUGUCCAGUUUGAUGUCUGUUGCUAUACCUAGUAUUUAUGAGUAACAACACCGCAAUGUGCUUUUAGCAUACUUGUUCAUUUGGGCUAGCUAAUGAGCUUUCAAUGAGGUUUUUAUUCCCACGGCCACAGCAUCCCAUGUUUUGAACUAAUAGUAGUUUUGAACUAAUAGCACUAAUGGUUAGCCAGCUAAUAGCUUUGAUUUAAGCAUCAUGACUAUGGCAUGCUGUUUUAACAUUUAUUCAAUCCACUGUAGCUAGCUACCCCUUUAUCUUAUACCCCUUUCACACAAAGAAAUGCCACCUAACUAACUAGUUAAGUUGUGUGCUACCUAACUAGUUAGACAGCUGAGUUUUAGGCCGAUAGCUAGUUUACUCGCUGGCUUUUUAGUACAGCUAAUUUGGUUGUAAAGGCAGCUAGCUGGCAAGAACGGCAGCUAGCUAACUCAGUGGCGUAGGUUUCAUUUGAACAUUGGGGGGACACAUUAAGGAAGGGGUGUGGGGGUCCUGGCUCAGUUGUACAGCACUGUACUCUCCGAGAGGCUCUCGUUUUAAGCAUGCACUGUAUGUACCAAGGGGCCCAGGUGUUACGCUUGAUGUAUGCACCGAGGGGCCCAGGGGCCCUAGUGGUCAGCUCACGCUUUAAGCACCGAGGGGCCUCACAUUGUAAGCGCUGUGGGGCCCGGGGCCCCUAGUGGUCAGCUCAUGCUUUAAGCCCCAGGGGCCCUAGUGGUCAGCUCACUCUUUAAACGCCAAGGGUCCUGGGGGCCCUGACACUGUAAGCACUUGAGGGGCCCAGGGGCUCUAGUGGUCAGCUUACGUUUUUACCACCAAGGGUCCUGGGGGCCCUCACAUUGUAAGCGCUCAGGGGCUCAGGGGCCUCACAUUGUAAGCGCCGAGGGGUCUAGGGGGCAGUAGUGGUGAGCUCUCAUUUUAAACUCCAAGGGGUCUGGGGGCCCUCACAUUGUAAGCGCUGAGGGGUCUGGGGGGCCCUAGUGGUUAGCUCAUGCUAUAAGCACCCAGGGGCCUAGUGGUCAGCUUGCGCUGUGCGCACUGAGGGCCCUGGCGUUCAGCUUCCUUCGGAAGUCUCGGGCCACGCACCACGCACGGCCUGAGGCCUGGAGGCCCCCUGGCAGUCCGAGGCCCCGGGGCACUGGCCCCACUGGCCCGGUCCAUAAUCCAGCCAUGCCUGAACCCUAACGUCUGUGUAUUACUACAGGUACAUCAGCUGCUCCUGAAAAAAAAAUGCAAAAAACGUUUUAUUUUAGAUUGCUGCCAAUUCAUGUAGUUUUUGUAUCCUUUCUAUAAUUGUUUUUAAUGUUUGGUGUCUGUAUAAUACCUGGUUGUUUUUUAACUCUUUAUUCUUAAUGCUUUUGUCAGUUUAUUUUCUCUUGGUUAGAAAUAGCUCUGCAGACCCUUUAUAAAAAGCACUAUCAAAAUAAAGCAUCUUACUCAUU